AUGGAUGAAAACAUUGGCUCUGAUCUACAGCAAGAAUGGCUCGAGAUACACGACAGGCACGAGAAUGUCAUACUCCGAAUCCUGGAAGAGAAUCGAGUGCUUCAUGACAAAGUGGAACAGUUAGAGUCCGAAAAGUUUACCCUUCAAAAAGCGUUUUCGAAGUUGAGGCAGGAAGUUGAGGAUAGCGAGUCAGCAAAGCGAGACCUUCAAUCCAAGCUAGCGUCCCUGACGCAUAGGGAGGAGGCGAGCAUCCACCCAAAGCCACUCUUUACUCUGACAUUCUCUAGGAAAUUGUCCUUACUUUACUCGAUGGAGAUGGUUACAUCUUCGACAGAACACUCUUAUGCAAAGGAGAAUCUGGAGGACGAGAAGCCGCGGUUUGAAUCCUCCUGGGAUAUAAAGCAUCACUGA